AUGUCUAAGAGUUACUUAGUCCUUUGCAUUGUGCUUUGUGGCUGGAGGCUGGUUCUUGGCGAAGAACCUCAAAAUGACGCAGAAGGCCGAACUUUUUCAAAACAUAAAUGCCAUUUGGGUUCCUGCGGCGGAGGUUUAGGCUUUGGUGGUUACCAAGGUGGCUAUCAGGGUGGCUAUCAGGGUGGCUAUCAGGGUGGCUAUCAGGGCGGCUAUCAAGGUUAUCAAGGAUAUCCACCUAUUAACAUAGGAAUCAGUCAAUCACAAUCAUCUGCGUCUGGUGGAUACGGCACAGAUUUCAUCCCACCAUACAACCAGUACAAUCAGUAUAACGGCUUCCCCAAGAAUGGACCGCACUCAGGGCAUUACAACAACGGUUAUGGGCCCAACAACAACGGUUUUGGUUCUUACAACAACGGUUUUGGUUCUUACAACAACGGUUUUGGUCCUUACAACAACGGUUAUGGACCAUACAACAACAAUCACGGACCAUAUAACAACGGAUUUGGACCUUAUAAUAAACCCUUUGGAAAUAAUCAAUUUAAUGGCAACUAUUACCUAGGUAACACAGGUAAUGGUUAUGGCUUACGAAGAUUUGGUGACGACAACGAAAACGAUGAAGAGACAUCGGCUAAAGAGACUGAUUGA